ACGUUACACACGGCAAGUAACUCUUGCCCGAACUUCCGAAAUAGCUCCCUCUUUUGAUCUUUUGCGGCUCCGAAUUGGAUUUCGUUCAAUCGUCCCGACGAACGUAUCUGUUUCUCCGCUUUAGAAGCUCCGAUUUCAUCACUUCCAAGUGUUAUUUCUAUGGCCAACUUGCAUAGGGGGCGCAUGGUUGAUGGCCACAGUAACAUGCCUGGUUUAAACCACAGCCCGCUUGAAGAGGACAGCAUGAUUCCGGAUGAAUUUUCAGAUUCUGACUUUGAGGAUGAUUUUCAAAUGGGUAAUCGGAAAACAGAUACAUCAGCGCUGGAGGCCAGAAAUGGAAAGGAUAUCCAAGGGAUACCUUGGGAACGUUUAAAUAUUACCAGAAAGUCUUGCCGCGAAGAGAGAUUAAAGCAAUACAAGAACUAUGAGAGCCUCUCGCGCUCUAGAGAAGAGAUUGAAAAGGACUACAAGGAUGUAGUGAAAGGGCAAAGCUUUUUUGACUUCCAAUACAACACCAGGCUAGUCAAACCAACCAUUGUGCACUUUCAGGUGAAUUAAAUUUUCAGCUUACUCUCAAUUUUUGUGCUCCGAAUAUUUUAUUAUACACCAUGCGGGCCAUGCGGCUACAUUGCAGUAUCUUGCACUUGCACAUCGUUAAAUGGAUUGAACUGUGUAGGAUGUAUUCGAAAAUUCACACAUCAUUUAAAUAUAAUAUAAUCAACUUAUCAAAGCUAACUUGGUUCUUUUUUUGUGAGAAUCAAUAUUCCCUCUCUGCAGUGAUGUGAGAGGGGUGUAGAGUGGACUGGAGAUAUCUAAGGAAUGUCACUCAUGUGUUUGAAUCACAGAAUGUAGUAGAUCAUAUGUUUUCCAUCAUUUGCAAUGGAGCCAAAGACUCACUAUUUUUUGGCUUGAGAAUAUGAUGGAAUAAAGCAAAAUGGCUCUAUAAACUGUGUGCGCUUCUUUGUUAUGAAGCAGUAGUCAGUUCAUGAAAUUUCCAACGCGAAGUUCACUACGGAUCAUCCAGAAACAUCAGUCUCUCCCUGUUAUAGAAUAGGGGUAAGGCUGCGUACAUCCGACCCCCACUUACCCCACCAUAGGUGGGAGCCUUUGUGGCACUGGGUAAUGAUGAAGAAGAAGUAGAUCAUAUGUCCCCAUAUUGAGUGCCCUACUUGGUUAACAUUACUUGAUUUUUAAUUUUUAAUUUGAUUUUUAUUUUAAUUGUUCAAGCAUUGUGCCUGUCACUGUAAACUGGACUGUACGAUCGUGCCCUUCUUUUCUUUGACAUUUCAUCUGUUUUGUUUCUGAACACUUAUUAUGUGAGGCUAACUCAUUCAGUCUCUUACAAUUCACCAAGUAGAAUGUGAUGUCUAAUCCACAUCUAAUUCAUUUCACAUGUAAUGCAUUUAGACUUAUCAUUGUUAGAGUGAUUUAACCCCUUCCUUGUGUUCCUCCUUUUCAAAUGCAAUAAUAAUAGUUUUGCAGGUGUUUUCUUCGAAUUAAGCCUAAUGGGCAUUUUUAUUUAUAAUGCUAACUUUCUGCGAAUAGCAAUCUUGGAGGUAUGAGUUUUGAGCGUUACAAUCAAUUUGAGUUUGUAGUAUUAGUCUUAUGAACUGCUAACUUGUCCCUAAGCAGUUCCAGGAAUAAUUAUGCCAGUCUACCAGAUGAUGCUAAUUGUGGCCUCCAAACUGGUGACUUUCUACUAACUUGAACGUUUAUGUUGAUUCCUCCAUCUCAUUGUAUCAGAGAUGGAGGGAAUUGACAUGAUGAAUAGUAUUUCUUGCAUGGACUUGAGUUGUGUCCACCCACUAUGAUAUUUGUAUUACUAGUAUUUUAUUGCAAGCUCAAGAUUUAUUUGUAUGGAUUCCAUUCUAUCUUGCCUAUAUUUAUUUCAUAGUUAUAGUUACUAUUAUGCUGAUGUAUUAAGUUCUUUCCUACACGCAGUUCAAGAAGCUAUAUGAACUCGAACCUGUAUGUAAUUUAUACUUUCGCUACACUAUAUAAACACUAUAUAUUGUGUUAGCUUGAGUCGCUGUUGCAUUUCAAGUUUUUUAUAAUUGUGAAAACAGUCUUUUUAGAUGCAUUUGAAACCCCCCUUAGUUAUGCAACUCAAACUUUGGCUAAACAUUAAAGGGAAAAGGUACAAAUAUACCCCUGUAGUAUAGGUGUGGGAACAAAUAUACCCUUGUUCUAUUUUUCGGAACAAAACUACCCUUGAAGUAUAUGUUGAAGUGCAUAUAUACCCCUGAACUUUUAAAAAGUGCAAAAAUAUCCAUCAUGUUCUUAUAAAGAAGCAAAUUUACCCUUUUUGACUUUAAAUAGAUAAAAUAAAUUUCAAAAAACACAAAAAAAUAAAUUAUAAAUUCGAAAUUUAAAAACAAAGAUUUAUUAUUAUGUUAAAAUAUUAACUCUUUAUUUUUAAAUUUCAAAAUUAAUACUUAUCCGUUGUAAAUGAAGCACUUCAAAUUCAUUAAUUUCAAUUUUAGUCUUGUUGCGAAGUUUUGAACACAUUGUUACAUUCUUUGAUUUUGUUUAACCUUAAUAAAAUUAAAUUCACUAUUUUGUAAUCUUGGACUAUUUAUCAUCAUACAAAAUAUGUAAUUUUUAUAGUGCAAAGAAUGCAAAAAAAAUUAAUAUUUUUUUUACAUUGCGAUAGUAAAGUAAUGUUUUACAAUAUUAAAUUGUAAAGUUUAUAUAUUAAAAUGUUUUACAAAAUAGUUUUGUUUACAUUUAUAUGGUAAAGUUUUGAAAUAAUAUUUUAUACUAACAAUAUUAAAUUGUGAUAUGCAAACAAUAAAUGGGAGAAUUGGACACAAGUACAUUUUUAAAAUUUUUAAUUUUUUAAUUUCGAAUUUAUAAUUUAUUUUUGGUAUUUUUUGAAAUUAAUUUUAUCAAUUUAAAGUCAAUGGUAAAUUUGCUCUUUUAUAAGAAUAUGAGGGGUAUUUUUGCACCUUUUAAAAUUCCAAAGGUAUAUAUGCACUUCUACAUAUACUUCAUGGGUAUAUUUGUUCCGAAAAAUAGAACAUAGGAUAUAUUUGUACCUUUUCCCAAACAUUAAAUCUGCGCAGACUAUUUUCGAUUGGUCCAUACUCCAUAAUGCCUCUUUAGAGAAUACUCUAGAAAUUGUCAGCUAUACUGUUUUCAAGGUGAUGGCAGGACAGAAAACUGGCCUACAUCAAUUGUUGGAGCUCAUAAUUAUUGGUAUAUAUAGUUUUCUAAGAAGCUAGAUUGCUGGGGUUCUAUAUAAUAUUCUGUACUUUUUGUGGGACUGAGCCUUUAAGCCGUUAUGCAUUAUCUUGCAUUAGUUGUGCUGCAUGCUAUUUUUCCCUCAUCUCAUGACCCAUGUUUCUUAUUGUGAAGGAAAAACUGAGCUUAAUGUGACCUGGAAUGGGCUGGGUUUCAAUUUUGUGUACGAGUAUUGUUUUUCAAUAAUUAACCAAUAUAUCUUGUCAGAUUAUUAUGUCGUAUAUAUUUCAGCUUUAGAAUCAUGAUGGAAGUUAAUAUCUGGGCAGCGUUGCUGGCACAUUAAGGCACUUUUUACAUAUGGUAUGAUGGAGAACAUAUGAGAGCUUGAAGACCUCUUCAGGCUGUUGCCACUUGCCAGCCUAGCUCAGAACUGUUAUUUUUCUUUUACAUGUGCUGGAUUAAUGGAUGAUACAUAGUUGGUUGCAUUUUGAUGAAACAUCAUGUUUUCUUAAGAUUGCAUGGAUAAUUUUUUUGAAGUACUGUUUCCUUCUAAAACUAUUCUCCUGCAUUUUCAUCUCUCUAGUUUGAAGUACUGUUUCCUUCUAAAACUAUUCCCGUAUACAUCCAGUUUCUCUCCUGGCUGUAAGUUCUAGGUUGCCAUGUCAAUUUUCUAUUAUCUUGAUUAGAAGAUCCCUGCUCAAUCUAACUGAAGAUGGUCCUCUGUGUAAGAUCUCUUCUAUGCACCAUACACAUCUGUAUGUGCCCAAAGUGUCCAAUAUUUGUUCCUAUAUAUGAAUAGGAGACGUCAAGUAUAUUAUUUGUAUCUUUUAGUUAUACCGACUCAAAUUUUCCUCAUGAUUCACUAGGUGCUAAUACAUGUUGCUUCAUUUUUACCGAACAAUCUUUUUGAUAUUUUCCAGCUGUUAUUGACAAGGUGGGUUCUUUGGUUUUAGCUAAGGAGUCUCUUGUGGUCGACAUCCAAGCAUGAUGUCUAUUUCAUGCGAAACAACUCUUUCAUGCACUGGUCUUCUCUUCUCAGAAGACAAAAGGAAGUUGUUAACAUGGCUAGACCACUUGAGCCAACAAUGAAAUACCCUGGAUCGAUUGGCCAGACACUUUCUAGAGUGCAGAUAUGCGCAGUUGCUGUUAAAGACAAUCUAAUGGUAGCAGGUGGUCUACAAGGAGAACUAGUCUGCAAGCACUUGAACAAACCGGGGAUUGCCUUUUGCACCAAAUUAACAACUGGCCGGAAUGCUACAACUAACACAGUGGACAUUUUUCAUGCACCAAAUGGCUCAUUGAAGCUUAUGGCUGCAAAUAAUGAUGCGCAAGUUAGAGUGCUUGAUGCCCAAAGCUUUGUUGAUCUAAACUGUUUCACAUUCCCUUGGUCUGUGAAUAAUAUCUCUGCCAGUCCAGAUGGUAAAAUGAUCACUGUUGUUGGGGACAAUCCAGAAUGUCUAAUCGCUGAUUCUCAAUCAGGAAAGGUCGUGGGCAACCUUAAAGGUCACCUAGACUAUUCUUUUUCUUCUGCUUGGCACCCGAAUGGACAAGUUGUAGCAACUGGGAACCAGGACACAACCUGUAGAUUGUGGGACAUCAGGAACUUGUCACGCUCUUUUGCUGUACUAAAAGGAAGGAUCGGUGCAAUCCGUACAAUCCAGUUCAGUUCAGAUGGCCAAUUCUUGGCCAUCGGUGAACCAGCCGAUUUCGUGCAUGUUUUCCUUACCGAUUCCGACUAUGUCUCCUGUCAGGAGAUUGAUUUGUUCAGUGAAAUUGCCGGAGUAUCAUUCAGCCCUGAUACUCAAGCUCUGUUCAUUGGAAUUGCAGACAGAACAUAUGGAAGCUUGUUGGAGUUCAACCGCAGGCAUUAUAAUCACUAUGUCGACUACUUCUGAAAUCCCUUCCACGUGUUCUUAACUUUUUGACUCUGUAUUUCGAUAUCUCAGCUUUGCUAGCAUGUGUAAAAAAGAAGACACAGACUAAUGCUGUUUUUCUCAGAGGUUAGAUCGGAUGAGUGAAUCAACAAAUAUAGAUCAAGGUAUAUAGCAAAGUAGUACUAAUAAUGUGAUGGUUCAGCUUCCAUGAUGGUCUC